CCUUCCAAAAAGUAACCAUAACAACUAAGUAACAUGCGCGUGUUUCCAGAGAAGGGAAGAUGAUGAUGGCUCAUUCUCAUUAUCUUCUUCACAUUCCAUCGUUAUCAUCUUUAUCUGCAUCUCUCACUUCCCCGCCUCGCUCGCUUCUUCCUGUUCGGACAUUACAACCUAAGACGCUGUCGUGUCGUGUCCCUUCAUUUCCAACACGCACCCCGUGGCACUUCAAGCCUCUUCAUUUUGCUCUCUCUGGGGCACUCUCACUUGGGUUAUUAUUCGGAGGAAUUGGCGUGGCUGAGGCUGCAAAAGUUGGUGUGAACAAGCCAGAGUUGCUCCCCAAGGAGUUUAGUACUGUCAUUGAUGUUGCUGGGUUCCUAUCCGAUGGACAGGAGAAAAGACUAGCAGAAGAGAUUGCUGCUCUUGAAGCGGAUACUGGAUUCAAGUUAAGAGUUUUGGCCCAGAACUAUCCUGUUACGCCAGGUUUGGCUAUUAAAGAUUUCUGGCAAGUAGAUGACAGAACAGUUGUUUUUGUUGCUGAUCCCACAUUUGGCAAUAUAUUGAAUUUCAAUGUUGGUGCUACGGUUGAUUUGGAUGUCCCACGUAGCUUUUGGAAUCGCUUGGCUGGGAAGUAUGGGAACAUUUUCUAUUGGAAAGAAAAGGGGGAAGAUGCAUCUAUUGAAGCAGCAGUUAUGGCAAUUUCUAGUUGCUUGAGAGAACCAGUUGGGCCUAAUAAUUGUUCUGAGGACGGUGAAUGAAAAAACGUAGAGGAGGAGGAAAACCAGCGGACGAAUCAGCGAUGGACGCGAGGAUGGAAAAGGUUGAAGGUGAUUUGGAGAUGAUGAAAUCGAUGAUGGAGGCGAUACAAGCAGAAGCAAAAGAAGCAAAGGAGAACCAGUCGAAGAUCCUAGAACUGGUGACGAAGAGCUUGAUGAUGAACAUCAACGAUGGAGAAGAGGGAGAAGGAUCACAUGGCGGAAGUCGCAAGGCCAAAACGAACGGAGAGCAUGGUGGAAAGAGGCCAAAUCCGAUCAGUGCUGGUUCAGUUUGGAAGAGCUUAGAAGCAGAAGCACUAGACGAAUUCCGACAAUCGAUCAAGAAGGUGGAGCUCCCUUCUUUCACUGGCGAAGAUCCCGUCGGCUGGAUUUCAAGGGCUGAAAUCUAUUUCCAGGUGCAGGAAACAAGCGACGAGGUGAAGGUGAGGCUCGCCCAGAUUAGCAUGGAGAACGGGACCGUUCAUUUCUUCAAUUUGUUACUGCUUGAGAAUGAGAACCUGACGUGGGAGGAAUUGAAGUAUGAACUGAUGCAGAGGUAUGCAGGGAAGGGAACAGCAUAUGAGCAAUUAUCGGCGCUGCAACAGACGAGGAGCAUUGAUGACUACAUUCAACGGUUUGAAUGUUUAAUUGCUCAGAUUCCCAAAUUGCAAGACGAACAAUAUUUCGCUUGCUUCGCACAUGGUUUGAAGAGCUUGCACGUUGCCAAUCUGUUAACGAGAGGACGUUUGAUGAAUAUAGCGAGGGCCGUCAAAAUGGAGAUGACUAGCAAAAACAGAGCAUGGGUGGGACGUGGAGACACAUGUAUGGAAUCCGGAACUAGGACCGCAUCGGGCCAGAGAAAUCCCUUGGUGGCAAUGGGUCGAACUGGGUCAAGAAAUUACGGAGGCAAGGGAACUAAUGGGCCAGGCCCAAACGCAAGGGGAGAUGGCGCUGAAAAAUAUAAACAAGGACAAUGAGACAGAGGAGCCAUAGUACCAUGAAGCUACAACAGAAGAUAAGUGGAAUUAAUAUUUUGUAGUAAUUAAUAGCAGGGGGGAAUAUAAAUAGUUAUAUUUCGUAGUAAUUAAUAUGUAUUCAUUUCAGUUUCUGGUUCCUUUUGAGACUGAUUGUAGUCUGUCUUUGGAACCAGGUGACUGUGGUUUAUGCCUCUUUGUAUCCUUAGUACCUCUGGUACUUCAUUAUUAAUAUAAUUUAUUUUUGUUGACCAAAAAAAAAAAA